AUGAAAUAAUAAGAAAUAAUUAAUAAAUAAUAAAAGCUAGUAUUGAAAAUAAAAAAAACGAGUUAAAUUUACAAAGAUAGAAGAAGAAAAAACACAAGUAGAAUAUAAAAGAAAAAGAAAAGGAAAUCAAAUAAAAAGCUAAUAAACUAAUUAAAUGAAUUCCAAACCAAUUAAACUGCUAUUACCAAAGUGUAAGUGUCAAAUUUGAGAGUCUCGUGCAAUUUUAUAAAGCAGAAACUAUGCCAAAUGCACCUUUAUCAUCAAUAAAAUUGUCACUUUUUAAAAUAUGAAAUAAUUAAUAAAUAUAAAAAAAUGAAUUAAAUUAAGAAAGAUAGAACAAAGAAAAUAUAAGUACAAUAAAAAAAGAAAAAAAAGUAAAUUAAAUUAAAUAAAACUCUAAUAAACAAUUAAAAGAGUUAGUUAUAUUGUUUUAAAUUCAUUUUUAAAAUGAAACAAUCAAACACAAUCGAAAACAAAUAAACUGCUUUUACCUAAGAUAAAGUAUCAAAUUUGACAAAUUAGUGCAUUUUGCUAAAGCAAAACCUAAACUUGACGCACCUUAAGCACCAAUUCUAUUGCUUCUUUUUAAAUAUUGAAGAAAAAAUUUAUUAUUAAUUAUUUAUUUAUUUAGAAGGUGAAAAUGAAAAAAAGGUAUGA